ACGGCAAAUCGCCAGACCGGCUACGUCGGCAGGAGUUGCCGGAACUCACGUGGUAAGUUCAGGUCCCGUCCCGGCUUCGCGCGAGCCACCGCGUUCCACGAUGACAGGCGUGGCACAGUCUGGUGGCCGUUAGGCAUGUGCUGUUAGGCAUGCGCGACAGACUUUUGGAGCAACUAAGAACCCAAACUGAAAACCUACGACUUCUCACCGGUUUGCGCUCUCGCCGAGGCUUGUGCUGCUCACGGACCUUCGUUCCUUUUCUCCCCACUCCGAAAGUUGGAGCAUCAGCUUACUGUUGGCAGGUCCCUGGGCAAACAGUGUGGGAGAUGGGACGGACGUCAAAGGACAAGCGAGAUGUCUACUACCGCCUAGCCAAGGAGAAUGGCUGGCGUGCCCGCAGUGCCUUCAAGCUGCUACAACUUGACGAGGAAUUCCAACUCUUCCAAGGUGUGACGCGGGCAGUUGACCUGUGUGCGGCCCCAGGCAGCUGGAGCCAGGUGCUGAGCCAGAAGAUUGGGGGCCAAGGGUCUGGCCACGUGGUGGCUGUGGACCUUCAGGCUAUGGCUCCACUACCAGGUGUGUUACAGAUCCAGGGGGAUAUCACCCAGCUGUCCACUGCCAAGGAGAUCAUCCAGCACUUUGAAGGCUGCCCCGCGGACCUAGUGGUGUGUGACGGGGCUCCUGAUGUAACCGGCCUCCACGAUGUUGAUGAGUAUAUGCAGGCCCAGCUCCUCCUAGCUGCUCUGAACAUUGCUACACACGUCUUGAAGCCAGGGGGCUGCUUUGUAGCUAAGAUCUUCCGAGGCCGGGAUGUGACGCUGAUCUAUAGCCAGCUGCGUGUCUUCUUCUCCAGCGUGCUCUGUGCCAAGCCCAGAAGCAGCCGGAACUCCAGCAUUGAGGCCUUUGCUGUCUGUAAGGGUUACGACCCCCCUGAGGGCUUCCUGCCGGACCUGACCAAACCCCUGCUGGACCACUCUUACGAUCCAGAUUUCAACCAGUUGGAUGGCCCCACCCGCAUCAUUGUGCCAUUUGUGACCUGUGGGGACCUGAGCGCCUAUGAUUCAGACCGCAGUUACCCACUGGACCUAGAGGAUGGCUCAGAAUACAAGUACACUCCACCCACGCAGCCCCCCAUCUCACCACCCUACCAGGAGGCCUGCGCAUUGAAGAAGAAGGGGCAGCUGGCCAAGGAGAUCUGCCCCCAGGACUGCCCCAUGAGCACAGUGGACAUGUUGCCCCAGUCCCUGGCCACCCCACAGCGCUACACCCUGCAGACGUCUGAGGUGGAAGACAGUGGAGUGAAUUGCUCGUCUUAACACGUUAAGACCCAAAAGUAUAUAUUUGGGAUCCAGGGAUUGCUGGAUUAUAUGGUAAGUUUUGUUUAAAUUUUUGAGGAACCACCAUACUGUUUCACUUGGUAUCCAUAAUAAUCCUGUGUAUUUGAGAGAGUGUGUGUGUGUAUAUGCACACACAUGCUUUUAAAAACAUUCUAUGAAGGAGUUCACAGACUUGGUCAGAUCAGAUGCCAUGGGAUUCCCUAGAAUAAAGUGUUUUUGGGGGGGGGGCGGAGGGGGGGGCUGUGUCACAUGGUUUAUGGGGAUCUCAGCUCCUCAAUCAGGGAUUGAACCUGCACCAUAGCAGUGAAAGCCCAGAAUCCUAACCACUAGGCCACCAGGGAACUCCCCAGAACAAAUUUUCCUUUUUUAUGUUAAGAACCCCUUUCUUAAAGGAAUGUCAUAAAGUUUGUCAUGAGUGCAGUCCUGAAUUUACAUUUUAGCAAACAGGAGCUGAUAGCUACGUCGGCAGGUCUGGUUUCUGCAGCUCACUCACAUAUCUUUAGAAAAUCACCAUUCUCUGUCCACACCCCCAUCCACUGAGCUCAGGACUACUGACAUCCCAGUCUGUAACCCCAGAUGUUUGUACAUGACUUUGUGAACCUGGGAGUGUCCAUACCACUUCUAACCCCAGGGAGCCCACACCACAGCUUGUUAAUGCAGGAGUCUUCUCAUUCACGUCAGUAUGACCACAGGAAUGUCCACACCCAAGUCUGUGUGACUUCAGGGAUGUAAAACAGAAGUAUCCACACAAAAGGUGGUGUGACAUAAGAGUAUCCACCCCUAUCACCAUGUAUAUUCAGGCAGCAUCCACAUACAAAUCAGCAAGGGCCGGGGAGUAUGGACAGUCCCAUUUGUAUAAUCCCAGGAGUGUCCAUGUCUCCAUUUCAAGGAGCAAAAACACAACAGCCUUUGGGAACUUGUGAACAUACUCACCUCAGGCUGUGUCCCUAGUUAUGUCCAUCCCAUCUAUAUUACAUCAGAAGUAUACACCAAAAGUCUCUCUGAUGGGAGCAGGGUCUAAUCCCCAGUCUGUGCAAGCCAGCAGUGUCCACACCCCCAAGUGUACAGCCUAGAAGGGGCCCAUCUGGCCUAGGCCUGGUCUCUGACAUCUCCAGAGUGCCCACUCUCCACCUGUCUGGCCCUAGUCUUGUGACUUCAGGAGUGCCCACACCCCUCUGUGUGACCCCAGAAUUUUCCACACUAAAGUCAGUUUGUCCGCAGAGGUACAUACACCCCAGACUGUGUCCCCAGUGGAGUACUUAACAUUAGUCUGAGUGACUCCUAGAGUGUUUCCACCCCAGUCUGUGAUGACAGAAAUGUUUAUUCUCCAGUCUUUGUGAUCCCAGGCUUUCCACAACACAACCUGUGUUACCACCAAAGUGUACACAUUCUGGUCAGUUUGAUCUCAGAUUUGUCAACUGCCUAGACUGUGUAACAACAAUGGGUGCCCAUUCCCCUGUUACUGUAACCCCAGGGGUUACCACACCUCGGUCAUUGUCAUCCCCAAAAGUGUCUACAGUGUAGUCCAUGUCACCACAGGAGGGUAUACACUUCAGUCCGUGUGUCACCUGGAGUAUUCAAAACACAGUCUGUGUCCCCAGAAGUGUGCAUAUCCUAAAGCUUCUGACCACAGAAUUGUGAAAACUCUAUAGUGUUUUACAACAGGGGUGUCCACUGCCAAGUAUGUCAGCAGCAGUGCCCAUGUUUCAAUCUGAUGACUUUACCAAUGGCUAUAUUUCUGCCUUUGUCACCCCCUGUGUGUGAUGCCAGGACUCUCCAGACCCCAAUAAAAUGGAGCAGGACCAUAUGUCCCUUGCCACCGCCCCCCUCCAGUCACCAAGUCCUCUGCCUGCUUUUUGCCUGUGGAAAACUACAGUCAAAAAAUUUAAUCAGAGAAGUGAGAAAUACUGAAACAAAGGAAAACAGGAGACUAAAGAAUAAUAAUGUAGUCAUUAAGCAUAGUCAAGGACCUUUAGUUCUUUCUCAAGGGCUAUAGAUAAUAUUCGCCAUAUCCUGUGAGCUGUCUUAUAGAUACCAAAACCCCAGAUGGAGAAGUUAACUACGUGAUGACCAGACUGACUAUACCCAGAACAUGAGCUGCCACAAUUCUGAGAAUUGACUGCAAAGAAAUGGGAACAAUUUCACCCUGAAAGUAUAGAUUAACUAUACCUGAAACAACCAAGGUGAUGCUAGUCAGGACACUGAUGACCAAUUGAAGAUGACUACUGUUUCUACUUGUAACUGCCUCCCACUCUGUCUAUAAAAGCUCUCCCUUUUAUCUUCCAUCCCCUGCUUGUCAGGGGGUGGAAGUCUGCCUUUGGACAGAUGUCUGCUACCCUCCCCCCCCACCUCAUUUGUUGGCAUCUGAAAUAAAACAUACUUUCCACCAA